AUGAGCUUAGAAGAAGAGGAGAAGGGAUUCCUGGAGAAGGAGGAGGCAGCUGCCCUGGAGUAUGGGGCUGACGAGGCUCCAGGCCGAAGCCUCCCCAAGGAGCUCGCCAUGGUUACCAGCUGCCUGCAAGGAGAGGCGAUCCACUCGGACUCAGACAAGGGUGACGGUGCCAUCAAGUACACCAUCUCAGGCGAGGGCGCUGGCACCAUCUUCCUGAUCGACGAGCUGACUGGUGACAUCCACGCCAUGGAACGCCUGGACCGCGAACAGAAAACCUUCUACACGCUGCGGGCCCAGGCCCGGGACCGUGCCACCAACCGCCUGCUGGAGCCCGAGUCGGAGUUCAUCAUCAAGGUGCAGGACAUCAACGACAGCGAGCCCCGCUUCCUGCACGGCCCCUACAUUGGCAGCGUGGCUGAGCUUUCGCCCACAGGUACGUCGGUGAUGCAGGUGAUGGCCUCAGAUGCGGAUGACCCCACGUACGGCAGCAGCGCUCGGCUGGUGUACAGCGUGCUGGAUGGCGAGCACCACUUCACCGUGGACCCCAAAACCGGUGUGAUCCGGACAGCUGUACCUGACCUUGACCGAGAGAGCCAGGAGCGCUAUGAGGUGGUGAUCCAGGCCAUGGACAUGGCGGGCCAGCUGGGCGGCCUCUCAGGUUCCACUACUGUCACCAUCGUGGUCACUGACGUCAACGACAACCCGCCCCGAUUCCCGCAGAAGAUGUACCUGUUCAACAUCAAGGAGUCGGCCCCCAUUGGCACAGCCGUGGGGCGAGUGAAGGCUGAGGACUCAGACGUGGGCGAGAACACAGACAUGACUUACCACCUCAAGGAGGAGAGUGGCAGCGGCGGAGAUGUGUUCAAGGUCACCACGGACAGCGACACUCAGGAGGCCAUCAUCUUAGUGCAGAAGCGCCUGGACUUCGAGUCCCAGUCGGUGCACACUGUGGUCCUGGAAGCCCUCAACAAGUUCGUGGACCCCCGCUUCGCCGACCUGGGCACGUUCCGCGACCAGGCGAUCGUGCGCGUGGCCGUGACCGACGUGGACGAGCCCCCCGAGUUCCAGCCGCCCUCCGGCCUCCUGGAGGUGCAGGAAGACGCGCAGGUGGGCUCCCUGGUCGGCGUGGUGACUGCGCGGGACCCCGACGCCGCCAACCGGCCCGUCCGGUACGCCAUUGACCGCAACUCGGAUUUGGACCAGAUCUUCGAUAUUGACGAGGACACGGGUGCCAUCAUGACGGGCAAGGGGCUGGACCGAGAGACUGCCGGCUGGCACAACAUCACGGUGCUGGCCAUGGAGGCUGACAAUCAUGCCCAGCUAUCCCGGGCAUCCCUAAGGAUCCGAAUCCUCGAUGUGAACGACAAUCCCCCAGAGCUGGCCACACCCUACGAGGCAGCUGUAUGUGAGGAUGCCAAGCCAGGCCAGCUCAUCCAGACAAUCAGCGUGGUGGACAGAGAUGAGCCCCAGGGUGGCCAUCGCUUCUAUUUCCGCCUGGUGCCUGAGGCUCCCAGCAACCCUCACUUCUCUCUGCUUGACAUCCAAGACAACACGGCCGCAGUGCACACCCAACACGUGGGCUUCAACCGGCAGGAGCAGGACGUGUUCUUCCUGCCUAUCCUGGUGGUGGACAGCGGGCCACCCACACUGAGCAGCACGGGCACGCUUACCAUCCGCAUCUGUGGCUGCGACAGCUCCGGCACCAUCCAGUCCUGCAACACCACGGCCUUUGUCAUGGCCACCUCCCUCAGCCCUGGCGCCCUCAUCGCCCUGCUGGUCUGCGUCCUCAUCCUGGUCGUGUUAGUGCUGCUGAUCCUCACCCUCCGGCGCCACCACAAGAGCCACCUGAGCUCGGACGAGGACGAGGACAUGCGGGACAACGUUAUCAAAUACAACGAUGAGGGCGGCGGCGAGCAGGACACGGAAGCCUACGACAUGUCGGCGCUGCGGAGCCUCUACGACUUCGGGGAGCUCAAAGGCGGAGACAGCGGGGGCGGCGGGGGCACGGGCGGGAGCGCGGGCAGCCCCCCGCAGGCCAGCUUGCCUUCCGAGCGCCACUCGCUGCCGCAGGGGCCGCCGAGCCCCGAGCCGGACUUCUCGGUGUUCAGGGACUUCAUCGGCCGCAAGGUGGCGCUGGCGGACGGGGACCUGUCGGUGCCGCCCUACGACGCCUUCCAGACCUACGCCUUCGAGGGCGCGGACUCGCCCGCAGCCUCGCUCAGCUCGCUGCACAGCGGCUCGUCGGGCUCCGAGCAAGACUUCGCCUAUCUCAGCAGCUGGGGCCCGCGCUUCCGGCCGCUGGCCGCGCUCUACGCCGGUCACCGCGCGGACGACGAGGCCCCGGCCUCCUAG